UCUAAAACACCGGUUAUGGUGUUCAUUCAUGGCGGGUCAUUUAACUCAGGCAGUGGAGAUUCAUUGGUAUAUGGCCCAAAGUAUUUGUUGCAACAUGAUGUCAUAGUAGUAACAAUAAACUAUAGGCUUGAAGUGUUGGGAUUCCUGAGUUUAAAUAUACCUGAGGUGCCAGGUAAUGCAGGCAUGAAAGAUCAAGUUGCUGCUCUAAAGUGGGUUCAAAAUAACAUUGCAAAAUUUGGUGGUGAUCCAGAUAAUGUUACGAUUUUUGGUGAAAGUGCUGGUUCUGCUUCUGUUACCUAUCACAUGAUAUCCCCUAUGUCAAAAGGAUUAUUCCAGAAAGUCAUAGCACAGAGUGGUUCUUGUAUACAUGAUUGGGCUCUAGGAAGAUGUGCAAAAGAAAGAGCAUUUAGAAUCGGUAAAGUUUUAGGUAAAGACACUGAAAACAUUGAUGAAUUAUUGCAAUACUUGAGAAGCGUUUCAGCUUCAGAUCUGAUUGGAAUGACUUAUAAGACAAGAACUGAUGACGAAACGCAUUUAGAUAUCCCUAUAUUUUUUGCACCCGUAGUAGAAAAGAGAUUUGAAGGGGUGGUUCCAUUUUUAGAGGAAGAACCUAUUGACAUACUCGUUAAAGGACAAACUAGUGCAGUACCUCUUAUGAUUGGCUAUAACUCCGGAGAGGGGAUUUUGACAGCGUCGGACGAAAUAAUAUCUGACAAAAACAAUGACACCAAAUACUUGGUCCCAAGAGAAAUCGCUAGGAAAAUUUCUGAAAACAAAGCGAGAGAAAUGGGUGAACGUAUAAAACAAUAUUACAUCGGAAAUCAAAUUUUUUCAAACGAUACUAUUAAUGAAUAUGUCGAAAUGGCGACUGAUACAAAUGUCAUGUACAACAUGAUAAGAUAUGCAAAUUAUCACACAGCUACUAAAGAACCAGUAUUCAUAUAUAGAUUUGACUAUGACACUGAUUUAAAUGUAGUAAAGAAAAUGUUACGGAGAGGAUACAUAAAGGGGGCCUCCCAUGCUGAUGAUUUAUUUUAUUUAUUUAACAGCCUAGUAACUGAUGGUGUGUAUAGGAAACAGGAGAAAUUAAAAGAGAUCAUGUACAACGUGACAAAGAUGUGGACGGAUUUCGCCAAAACUGGAAAUCCCACGCCAGACAACAGACUCGGAGUAACCUGGGAACCAUUGAAAACGGUUAAUGAAUACGAGUUCAUGUUGCUGGAAGACCCCUUGUCUGUAGGACCUAUCCCUGAAUAUGAUAGGCUGCAUUUCUGGAAUAACUUAUAUUGUGAAGCGGGAGCGCCGUGCAUUGAAUCCUUAAAAUAA